AUGGCACCAAACAAUGGCAAGAUUUGUUGUGGGGGAGGUGAGGCGCUCAGUCUGAUUGAACACGCCUACAAGCGUUGCAUCAACACUUGGGAUACCGCUGAUAUAUUACCUCACGGCAAGUCAGAGGAAAUUGUUGGGAAAGCCCUUAAGAAAUUUAACAUUCCACGCAGUCGCGUGACAAUUCUCACCAAACGCUUCUUCGGUGUCCAGGAAGAAGGCAAACAAACAUCAAUAUCCGUUACAAGUGGGGAUCAAGGAGAAUGGGCAAAUCCUGUUGGUUUGUCCCGGAGACGCAUCUUUGACGCUGUUGAAGCGAGCGUCCAAAGGCUACGCACAUAUAUUGAUGUGCUACAGAUCCGUCGCUUGGAUCGGGAGACACCACGCGAGGAAAUCAUGCGAGCAUUGGAUGAUGUAGUGGAGAGUGGGAAGGUGCGCUACGUUAGGGCUAGCUCGAUGGCAGCUUGGGAAUUCCAGUCUCUUCAAGGGAUUGCUGUCCGCAAUGGGUGGUAUCAAUUCAUCUCAAUGCAGAACUAUCAUAAUCUGCUUGACCGUGAGGAAGAACGUGAAAUCAUUCCAUAUUGCCAGGAUGCAGGCAUUGGACUCAUAUCUUGGUCGCCGCUAGCACGAGGCGUGUCGGCUCGCUCGCCCUUGGCAUGCCCCUAG